AUGGGAGAAAGCGGUAAUUAUUUCAGGAUACCUGAUGAAGCAAGAACAAAAGAGCGACAUUACAAAACAAAAAAGAAUAAAUUUCUAGAAGAGAAAUCAGACUUAUUUUGUUUCAUAUGUUUAGAGAAGAAUUUAGAAGAUUCUCAUUUGAUAUCCUGCUGUUCUUUAUGUACUGCUUGUGUUCAUAAAAGAUGUUGGUACAGUUGGAGAAAAACCCAGAAAUUAAGUUCCCUAAGAUCCAGAAUUUUAGGCCUAAAUAAAUUGGACCCUUUAUUAUGCACAAUUUGUAAAACAGGUACUGCAAAAAUAAAAGAUGAAAAGGAUUUUAAUUGGAUAAUUAACAGUAAUACAAAUAAAGAAUAUUUGCAAGAUGAAUUAUUAAGAACAAUUGCAUCGAUAUUAAAUAAUGAAGGGAAUGAUAACAACAUUCGCAUACUUCAUUUCCGAUAUAUUUUUUUAAUAAAUUUAAUUUUUUUAAUUAUAGGAAUAGUUAUAAUAAUAAUUUUUACAGUUGUUUUCCAUUUUACCACUACCUAUGUCCUUCUUGUUGCACUUUUUGUACUGUACGAAAUUAUAGUUCUACAAAUAGUUUUAUAUCUUUAUAUAAGAAUCAGAUAUAAUUAA